AUGUUUCAUUGGCAGUGUCUACAGGCCGUUAUGAUGGAUUACGUGUCGCCAAAUCAGUGGUUAAAGGAGAGACAGAAGAGAAAAGUUUUGGAAGGAAUGAAUUCAGUGGCAAGCUACACGGAACAUAUCCUGUACUAUCUUAGAGUGGCAAGCUACACGGAACAUAUCCUGUACUAUCUUAGAGUGGCAAGCUACACGGAACAUAUCCUGUACUAUCUUAGAGUGGCAAGCCAUACGGAACAUAUCCUGUACUAUCUUAGAGUGGCAAGCCAUACGGAACAUAUCUUGUACUAUCUUAGAGUGGCAAGCCAUACGGAACAUAUCUUGUACUAUCUUAGAGUGGCAAGGCAUACGGAACAUAUCCUGUACUGUCUUAGAGUGGCAAGCCAUACGGAACAUAUCAUGUACUGUCUUAGAGUGGCAAGCCAUACGAAACAUAUCCUGUACUAUCUUAGAAUGGCAAGCCAUACGGAACAUAUCAUGUACUGUCUUAGAGUGGCAAGCCAUACGGAACAUAUCCUGUACUAUCUUAGAGUGGCAAGCCAUACGGAACAUAUCAUGUACUGUCUUAGAGUGGCAAGCUACACGGAACAUAUCCUGCCCAGGUAA